AUGGCUGAAGCUCAACAGUCUGAUGAGGAAAUUCUCCGAUUUCGCUACAAAGCCUCCUCUUUAGUUCUUCGGGAUUUCCCUCUUCCCACCGGAGCUGGUACCAUCACUUGUGACAUUUACACCGGACACGAACGUCCCUUUGUCCCAGCAACUUUACGAAGAAAGAUCUUCAACAUCCUUCAUGGUCUAUCCCACCCUGGAGUUCAGGCGACAGUAAAACUCAUCACUGACCGAUUCGUCUGGCCCAACAUCAACCGGGAUGUUCGACUUUGGACCCAAUCUUGUCUCCCAUCGACAUCGGCCAAUUCCUUCAUACCUCCCGACCUGGACACAUGCAAGUUCGCCCUAGUCCGCCAUGACGCUGUUAGCCGGCCACUCCAACCUCCUUAUCACGGACCUUACAAAGUUGUUCAACGAUCUAACAAGGAUUUUGUCAUACAUCGCAACGUCAAGUCAGACACCGUCAGUAUUUACCGUGUCAAACGAGUGAGGUAA